AUGAAGUUCUUCAACACCAUCACCCAGGCCCUUCUCUUGGCUCUCCCCCUCGCCAUCGAGGCCAGUCCGGUCGACAUGGCCAAGGCCAUUCGCGCCCGCGCUGCGUACAGAAACCCUCUUUCCCGGCGAGACUGCCCCAGCCAGGACAUCAUCGACGACUAUGUCGCCGCCUGGGGUGGAGUCGGCGACAGCACAGUCUUCUACACGGGCUUCUCGGACGACGCGGACUUCGACGUUGUGGGAGAUUUCGCCGGCCAGGUGGGCGGCAAGUGGUACGAGAGCGCCGUCAGCCAGCAGCAGAUGGACACCUGGGACGCCGAGUGCACCGACGACGAGGUCCUCGACAAUGUCCUGGCCACCCGCGUGUCCGUCGCCAUUGCCAAGCUGGCCACGGGCAAGACCUAUGUCCUGCUCGGGGAGAAGGCGAUCAGCAGCAGCAGCGUCUGGGUCACAGCCGAGUGGCCCAUCCUCAAGGACAGGAGCGGCGUCGAGAUCAUUGCCGUGAAUGCGGGCAACACCGCGGAGACGCAGGCCUAUGUGGCGCACCAGAACCCCUGGCAGAGUGCCUAG